ACAAAAAGAAGAUGAGAAAAGAAAGGAAGAAGAAAACGCGUGAAAGGAGAAGAGAAAGCGGGAAGAAAUGGGUUUAGUUAGGGUUUCAACUUCAACCCUAACCUUCUGAUUCCUCUUGUUUAUGAUUCCGACCACCAUCCUCUUCUGAUUCCGAUCACCAUCCUCUUCUUUCUCUUCGAUUUUGGUUCUUCUCCGUUCACGAUUUAUUUGUCUGAUUUCGACCCAUUCUGAGUUUGCCUUUUCAGUUGAAGAGAUGGAUUUCAACCAUAUUACGGAUUCUUUAAGAUCGAAUAUUAGUCAAAUGCAGAAUGGUCAUUCCAGUAUGCAAGGAAUAAUUGAAACACUUGGUGGUUUAAUUUGUCAAAAUCUUCCCACAGUUCACCAUUACCAAAUUUUGCCUGCACUCUUCAAGGGAGUGGACUGUUUAAAUGAAAGUGAUUCCGUUAGAUUGGCUUCUUUACAGGCCAUUAAUAAUACAAUAACUUUUGCCCCAACUUUUGCCUCAACAGAUGUGGUUACCGGUCAUUGUAAUGUGAUAAUGAAAAUUCUUUAUGAAGCAACUUUUUCACCUGAUAUAAAGAUCCGACAAGAAGCGUUCGGCUGCUUGGGUACUAUUGCAAAUAAAUACUAUGGAAGUUUGGGUGAAUGCAAUGAUGCUUUAAUGAAAGUCACAUUCAAAGCCAUAAUCAAAGCCAUGAAAAAUGAUGUGGAGCCUGUUGCAGUUAAAGCUAUUGAGUUUUGGCAAUUCAUUUCUGUUAAUGAACUUAACAUUGAAUUAGGACAUGGUCUGUCGGCCACUCAAUCACGUGGUCUUGUAAAGAGUGCACAUAUGACACUUGUUGAUGCUUUGUUGAAAACUCUUAAGAGACAGAAUGAUUCUUUGAGCAUUAGAAAGGCUGGAGUUAACUGUUUGUCCUUCGUUUUACAAUUAUGUGGCAAAGAGACCUUGAAACUAGUACACCCAUUUAUGAUUGAGAAUACAAAAAUAAAAGGUUUGCAGUUUUUGGACGCCGCUAUGAAUGCUUUUUGUUCUGUUCUGUUGGCUGCAAAUUCAAAUGAAUCUAUUCUUAAACCAGAUGAUGUUAUUGCAGAUGCAAUUAAAUGUUUGGAUUUCAUUUUACAUUCCUUAAUACACAGCGAACAUGAUAUUUUGAAGGAGACUUUUGCAAACUGUCUUUUUCAGAUUAUCAAGCUUUCAAUUCCACUCUUGUAUAUGGGUAAGCUUGUCCAGAUUAUCACUCAAGAGAAUUUCCCAUCUAUCGUUCAUGCACUAUGUGGGAGUAUGGAGUUUGUUCCGAGUGUUGCUUGUGUGUCCUUUGUUGCUAUGGAGACUUUGGCCAUCGGUUUUAAUUUUGUUGGAAAGGAAAAUUGCCGGUGUCCAUGGACAUCAAGUGGCACCUCAUCCACAGAACAUGCAUGUUUAUUUUGGCAGAGUGUUCAAGCCCUUCUUAUUGCAACUCUCAGACAGGACAUUACAGACCCCAUGAGAAAAACAGCAUAUCAUGCUCUGAGCAAAUUAGUGUUGUGCUCUACAUAUGAUGACCUUUUCAUCAUGGGUUGCAGAGGUGUGGGAAAAACUAGUUUGAUAUCGGGUUUUUUAAAGGAUUUAUCAGCAACUAGCUCUAUCACCACCACUGGAUAUGAUUUCAAGAUCAAAACCACUGAUUCAAUUAAGUUGCAAAUAUGGGGUGCAGCUGAUCCGUAUGUUUACGAAGCCGUUAGAAAAGAGCGUGAUCAUAGAUCUGUGGUUAUGGUGCUAGUUUAUGACAUUACUGACAGAGAUUCUUUUAACAGUGUUCGGGAUUUCAUUCAGGGUCCUCUUGGAAAAACUUGUAUUAAUGUAAUACUUGUCGGAAACAAAUAUGAUGCUAAACAAAAGGCUGUAGAUUCCAGCGAGGGUAAAGAAUUGGCUGAUGGGCAUAAUAUCCCUUUCUUUGAAACUAGUACGAUCACAGGCAUCAAGGUGGGUGAAGUUUUCAAUUAUAUUCUAGAAGUAAUCAAGCAGGGCUCUUCACGGAGGCCUUAACCAACAAGAUCAGGUAGCCAAGUGAGGACAACUUUAGUUUCACUAGAUUAUUAAUGGAGCCACUCAAUGAUUGAUGAAAAUAUUCAACAUUGCAGACCUUCCAAGCAUAAAUGUCUUUUUUGAGUUGUUUGAAAAUUGGAAGAUGUAUCUAUUUUGCAAUUCAGUGUUCAUACUGAUUUACUAUUAAGUUAGUUGUUAUUUUGUGUAGCUAUUAUGUAGUUAGAAGCAGUUGUAAUGAAUGAAAGAAACUCAAAUUCAUGAAGUUCCAAAAGUUACAAAGAUUCCAUGAGUGGUUCUCAUGCCAUUUCAACAAUACAAAAGUACAUUGGAAA